UCUAACUUCAGUUCAGAACAUACACCUCUUCUCUGUCGAAGCCUUUCCGUUCACCACACCCCCUCCUUCUUCAGUGUUCGUGGCUCCUCUCUCUCUCUCUCUCUCUUUCAAAUUUCUCAUCCGAGCCUUCGAAAUGGACGAAACCGAAGGAAUUAACGGCGGAUUCACGGAUGAAGAAGUUCAAGAACUAGAAGGGGAAGAGGCAACAAGAAGCAGCAUGUUUUCACAGCUAAAACCCCACUGCGUAGAGCUUCUGGACCUUGUUCAAAACCCCAACAAGCAUUCCUAUGCAAUUCCCGCUAUGCUGCAAAUUCUUCGCACUUCUCAGCCCUCUGUUCUCCAGCCCUUCUUCGACUACACCUUGUUCCCAUUGCUGUUGCUGUUGGAUGCGGCAAUUGAAUGCAGAUCUCCACAGAAGGUUAAAGUUGAAGAAAAAAUCGUGAUUCCUGGUGUCCAAAGAAUGCCUCAUAAAGUGAGUGAUUAUGUGGCAGAGGGCGUACUUCAAUGUUUGGAAGAACUUCUGAAGAAGUGUCAGUUUCUAUCUGUGAAUCAGAUGGUUGUGGUGCUAAAAAAAUUGACAUAUGGUGCUGUACUUUGUCCCUCUGAGGCUUCAGAAGAGUUCCGUGAAGGAAUAAUUAAGUGUUUUAGGACUUUGCUUUCAAGUUUAGUCCCAUGCUCAGAUAAGUCUUGCUCAUGUGAACGUAUUUGCGGUUUGCCUUCACUUUUAGAAAGUGGAUCUAUCGAAGAUUUGGAGUUUCAUUCAGAAUCACCAGAAUGUUUGCUAGCAUUUCUUCGGUCUGAAAGUGCUUCGGCUGCUGUUGGACAUUGGCUAUCACUUCUUCUCAAAGCUGCAGAUACUGAGGCUGCACGAGGACAUUGGGGCAGUGCAAAUCUUCGCAUUGAAGCCUUUAUAGCCUUACGGAUGCUUGUUGCUAAGGUGGGUACUGCAGAUGCAUUGGCCUUCUUUUUACCUGGUGUUGUUAGUCAAUUUGCCAAAGUGCUGCAUACCUCGCAAAAAAUGAUUAGUGGAGCUGCUGGAAGUAUUGAAGCUAUUAACCAAGCAAUUCGAGCUUUAGCUGAGUAUCUUAUGAUAGUCCUUCAGGAUGAUGCUAAUUUAUCUAGGUUUGAUGUGUCAAUGGACAUCAUUACUGACUCUAAUUCAACUAAGUACAAAUCAACACAAUCUUUGCUGGAGGAGCUCCGCAGUUUGCCAGAUAAAGCCCAAGGGAAAAGUAAACUGGUAGCUGAAGAUUCCAGUGCCAAAGCAAAAGAAGUUUUUACUAAUGAGUCUGGACUCAAAGAGGUCAGAAGCACUGAUUCUGGCAAGGGGAUUGGAUCUUUGCACGUGAAUCGCACCAAAGAUUGGAUUGAGAAAACUGCAGCACAUGUGGAUAGGCUUUUAUGUGCCACUUUUCCACAUAUAUGUGUUCAUCCAGCCAAAAAGGUUAGACAAGGACUCCUAGCUGCAAUACAAGGUCUGUUAUCGAAGUGCAGUCACACACUGAAGGGGAGCAGACUAAUGCUUCUGGAAUGCUUGUGUGUUUUGGUUGUUGAUGAUUCUGAGGUGGUGUCUGUAGUGGCACAAGAGUUCCUUGAUUAUUUAUUCUCAUUAGGUGGGAAACUUCAUUCCGAAUAUGAUGUUGCUGAGAUUUUUAGCAGGCUAAUUGAAAAGCUCCCGAAACUGGUGCUUGGGAGAGAAGAAUCACUAGCCAUAUCACAUGCUCAGCAGUUACUCGUAGUAAUAUAUUACGCUGGUCCUCAGAUUGUUGUGGAUCACCUCCUACGUACUCCCGUUGCAGCUGCUCGAUUCUUGGAUGUUUUUGCUGUCUGUCUGAGCCAGAAUUCUUUGUUUGCUGGUUCUCUUGACAAGCUUAUUUCAAUAAGGCGAUCCUCAGUUGGAUUCCUUCCCUCUAUUGCUGAGUUGAAAGCUGGAACUAACUUUACUGCUAAUCAUCUGACUAUUAUGAAUGAGGCUCCAUUGGAAAACUCAACGCCCAUGUGCAUUGAGGAAAAUGAUAUAGAAUACACACUGAAUAAUGUACUGAAAAUUUUUGAGCUUCCACGGAUGCCCCCUUGGUUUGUUUAUGUUGGUAGUCCGAAACUAUACAAGGCUCUUGCUGGAAUUCUUAGGCUUGCAGGUCUAUCUUUAAUAUCAGACUUAAGGAGUGAAGGGCAUCUAUCAAUUAUCACUGAUAUUCCACUGGUUUAUUUGCGUAAAUUGAUUUCUGAGAUUCGUGUGAAGGAGUACAGCACUGAGACCUGGCAGUCUUGGUAUAAUAGAAUUGGUUCAGGACAGUUACUGCGGCAGGCAAGCACUGCUGUGUGUAUCCUAAAUGAGAUGAUUUAUGGCUUAUCAGAUCAAGCUGUUGACAUCUACACGAGGAUGUUUCAGAAGUACAGGUCAAAAAGCGAAGAGGUUCAGGAGUUUGAUGCUGGACUUGCUAAUGGUCAGCAUUACAAACUCGAAUGCUCUGUGCCUAAUGAAUCUGUCUGGAAGGCUUCUCAGGAUAAAGGUGUAAGGAGUCACUUGACUGAUUGUGUUGGUGGAAUCUUACAUGAGUAUCUAUCCCCUGAGUUGUGGGCUCUUCCAAUAGAUCAUAAACCUUCUCUACAUUGUGACGAUGGAGCUGAAGAUAUUAGUUUACAUUUCUUCUGUGAUACGGCUAUGCUACAGCAGGUUAUAAUUGAUGGCAUAGGCAUUUUUAGUAUAUGCCUUGGAAGAGAUUUUUCCUCUGGUGGAUUUCUUCACUCAUCUCUAUAUAUGUUGCUUGAGAAUCUUGUUUCUUCAAAUUUUGAGGUCAGAAGAGCCGCAGAUGCUGUUUUACAUGUUCUUUCUGCUACAUCUGGCUAUACAACGGUUGGACAGUUAGUUCUUGAAAAUGCAGACUAUGUAAUUGAUUCAAUUUGUCGGCAAUUACGUCAUUUGGAUCUUAAUCCUCAUGUCCCCAAUGUGCUUGCUGCUAUGCUUUCUUAUAUUGGAGUAGCUCACAAAAUACUGCCUCUAUUAGAGGAACCGAUGCGUGCUGUUUCACUGGAACUUGAGAUUCUUGGCAGGCAUCAACACCCUGAUUUGACAGUUCCCUUUUUGAAGGCUGUAGCAGAGAUUGCCAAGGCAUCAAAGCAUGAGGCGUGCUCAUUGCCCACUCAGGCUGAGUCUUAUUUUUUGCAUGUGAAGUCAAUGAUGUCUGAUGUUGAGAACGUGGCAAGAACAGGAUCCAAGCAAGGCUCCGAUACAUCUUUUGUUGAUGAUAAUGACAUGUCUUACAUGGAAUUAGUUUGUGAUAUUGUGAACAUAGAGCAAUGGGAGAGCAUUUCGAUCAAGUUAAAUGAAUCCAAAAGAUACAGAAGAACAAUUGGAUCUAUUGUCAGUUCGUGUAUAACUGCUGCAACUCCUCUACUGGCUUCGAUGAAGCAAGAAGCCUGCUUGAUCGCCCUAGAUAUAGUCGAGGAUGGCAUUAUGACACUGGAAAAAGUGGAAGCAGCCUAUAAACAUGAGAAGGCAACUAAAGAAGCAAUUGAAGAGGUGAUACAAUGCUGCUCAUUCUAUCACAUUCAGGACACUUUAGAUGCCGCUGAUGAUGGAGCUGAUGAGAACAGGUUGCUUCCAGCAAUGAAUAAACUAUGGCCCUUCCUGGUUUCUUGUAUCCGAAAUAGACAUUCUGUGGCUGUCAGGAGAUGUUUAGGUGUAGUAAGCAGUGUGGUACAAAUCUGUGGUGGAGAUUUCUUCUCGCGCCGCUUCCAUACUGAUGGGCCCCACAUCUGGAAAAUCCUAACAACAUCCCCUUUUCAGAGAAAGCUCAAUCUAAAGGAAGAAAGAGCUCCAUUACAACUUCCCUACAGAAGUACUUCCAUUUCACGAGAUGACCCUGUUGCUGAAGUCACAAAUUUGAAAGUCCAAGUUGCAGUGCUCAACAUGAUUGCUGAAUUGUCAAAAAACAAAAGAAGUUCUUCUGCAAUGGAAGUAGUUUUGAAGAAGGUUAGCGGUAUUGUUGUGGGGAUAGCUUGUAGUGGGGUUGUAGGGCUUCACGAUGCAUCUGUGAAUGCCCUUCUUGGACUUGCAUCUAUCGACCCUGAUCUUAUAUGGCUUCUUUUGGCUGAUGUCUACUACUCUAUGAAAAAGGAAGCUAUGCCUUCACCGCCCAUCUCAGAUCUGCCACAGAUUUGUCGAAUUCUACCGCCGCCCUCAUCUUCUAAAGAAUUCCUUUAUUUGCAGUAUGGAGGGCAGACUUUUGGUUUUGACAUUGACUUUUCUUCUGUGGAAACUGUUUUCAGGAAACUGCAUUCCCAAGUUUUCAUUGACCAAAUGUACAAUUAGAGAUCUACCGUAUAUAGUUUAUCUGUACAGAUACACGAAGAUACCACAAGUAGUUUAUUUUCAGUCGCGCA